UUCCUCAGGCUCCGGGAAUGGGUUUGUUCCCUUGGAUGAAUGCUGGCUAUGUAGGGUUUCAUCAGGCUCUCUACAUCCUGACAUGCUUAGACUUUCAGUGUUACAAAAAUGGAGCCUAACGCUGUCGUUUGGAUCGCGGCGCCGCACUACAAGUGCGAGGGGGGGUUUGAGCUUACCAGGAGUGACACUUUUAGCUCCAGCUUGGUUUCCCCCCCUCCUCCUCUUUUUAAUGUAAUGCCGUAGAGGGUGACUUGCCAUCCAUGAGAAAUUGGUACAUGAUGUGUAAAUUCAGCUCAGCUUAUGUUUCUUCAUUAUGAAACCCCUUGCAAUCCCAGCUAACCAUGGAGUUAUGGGCCAGCAGGAGAAGCACUCACUUCCUGCAGAUUUCACAAAGCUGCACCUUACUGACAGUCUCCACCCACAGGUGACCCACGUUUCAUCCAGUCACUCAGGAUGUAGCAUCACUAGUGACUCAGGAAGCAGCAGCCUUUCUGAUAUCUACCAGGCUACAGAAAGUGAGGCUGGUGAUAUGGAUCUCAGUGGGUUGCCAGAGACAGCAGUGGAUUCUGAGGAUGAUGAUGACGAAGAAGACAUUGAAAGGGCAUCAGAUCCUUUGAUGAGUAGAGAUAUUGUUAGAGACUGCUUGGAGAAAGACCCAAUAGACAGGACAGAUGAUGACAUUGAACAACUACUGGAAUUCAUGCAUCAAUUGCCUGCUUUUGCCAACAUGACAAUGUCAGUGAGGAGAGAGCUCUGUGCUGUAAUGGUGUUUGCAGUUGUGGAGAGAGCAGGAACUAUUGUACUAAACGAUGGGGAAGAGCUGGAUUCCUGGUCAGUCAUUUUGAAUGGGUCUGUGGAGGUGACAUACCCUGAUGGAAGAACAGAAAUACUCUGCAUGGGGAACAGUUUUGGUGUUUCCCCUACCAUGGAAAAAGAAUAUAUGAAAGGAGUGAUGAGAACCAAAGUGGAUGACUGCCAGUUUGUUUGUAUAGCCCAGCAAGAUUAUUGCCGCAUCCUCAAUCAAGUGGAAAAGAACAUGCAGAAGGUGGAAGAGGAAGGGGAGAUUGUGAUGGUGAAGGAGCACAGGGAGCUUGACCGCACUGGAACGAGAAAAGGUCACAUUGUCAUCAAGGGAACAGCUGAAAGGUUAACAAUGCAUUUGGUGGAAGAACAUUCUGUGGUAGACCCAACGUUUAUAGAAGACUUCCUGUUGACAUAUCGGACCUUUCUUUCCAGCCCAAUGGAAGUGGGCAAGAAGUUGUUGGAGUGGUUCAAUGACCCCAGCCUCAGGGAUAAGGUUACACGGGUAGUAUUGUUGUGGGUGAACAAUCACUUCAAUGAUUUUGAAGGAGAUCCUGCUAUGACUCGAUUUCUGGAAGAAUUUGAGAACAAUUUGGAGAGGGAGAAAAUGGGUGGACAUUUGAGGCUGUUAAAUAUUGCUUGUGCUGCUAAAGCUAAACGAAGAUUGAUAACCUUAACAAAGCCAUCUCGAGAAGCCCCUUUGCCUUUUAUCUUGCUGGGAGGAUCAGAAAAGGGAUUUGGAAUCUUUGUUGACAGUGUUGAUUUCGGUAGUAAAGCUACAGAAGCAGGCUUGAAACGUGGAGACCAGAUACUGGAAGUGAAUGGUCAAAACUUUGAAAACAUUCAGCUGUCAAAAGCCAUGGAAAUCCUUAGAAAUAACACUCAUCUGUCUAUCACUGUGAAAACCAAUUUAUUUGUUUUUAAAGAACUCUUAACACGGUUGUCAGAAGAAAAAAGAAAUGGUGCUCCCCACCUGCCUAAAAUUGGUGAUAUUAAAAAGGCAAGUCGUUAUUCUAUCCCAGACCUUGCCGUUGAUGUGGAGCAGGUAAUAGGAUUAGAAAAAGUAAAUAAGAAAAGCAAAGCCAACACCGUUGGGGGAAGAAAUAAAUUAAAGAAGAUACUUGACAAGACUCGAAUCAGUAUUCUGCCUCAGAAACCAUACAAUGACAUUGGAAUUGGCCAGUCUCAGGAUGACAGCAUUGUGGGGCUGAGGCAAACGAAGCACAUUCCUCCUGCUUUACCUGUCAGUGGAACCCUGUCAUCCAGUAAUCCUGAUCUACUGCAGUCUCAUCACCGCAUCUUAGACUUCAACACUACUCCAGACUUACCAGAUCAAGUUCUGAGGGUUUUCAAGGCAGAUCAGCAAAGUCGCUACAUCAUGAUCAGUAAGGACACAACAGCAAAAGAAGUGGUCAUCCAGGCUAUCAGGGAGUUUGCUCUCACCGCAACCCCUGAUGCAUAUUCACUGUGUGAAGUCUCUGUCACACCUGAGGGUGUCAUCAAGCAAAGGAGGCUUCCUGAUCAGUUAUCCAAGCUUGCUGACAGGAUACAGCUGAGUGGCAGGUAUUACCUGAAGAACAACAUGGAAACAGAAACUCUUUGUUCAGAUGAAGAUGCUCAAGAGUUACUAAGGGAAAGUCAGAUUUCCCUCCUACAGCUCAGUACUGUUGAGGUGGCUACCCAACUCUCCAUGAGAAACUUUGAGCUAUUCCGUAAUAUUGAACCCACGGAAUACAUAGAUGACUUGUUUAAACUCAAAUCAAAAACAGGUUGCACUAAUCUAAAAAAGUUUGAAGAAGUGAUAAAUCAAGAAACAUUCUGGGUGGCUUCUGAGAUUCUAAGAGAAACCAACCAGUUGAAAAGGAUGAAGAUCAUUAAGCAUUUCAUUAAGAUAGCACUACACUGCAGAGAAUGCAAGAACUUCAACUCGAUGUUUGCCAUCAUUAGUGGCCUGAAUUUGGCACCAGUCGCAAGGCUCCGAACUACUUGGGAAAAGCUUCCAAGCAAGUAUGAAAAACUGUUUCAAGAUCUACAGGAUUUGUUUGAUCCAUCUAGGAAUAUGGCAAAAUACCGUAAUGUCCUUAACAGCCAAAACCUACAGCCCCCCAUUAUCCCCCUGUUUCCCGUUAUCAAAAAAGACCUUACGUUCCUUCAUGAAGGAAAUGAUUCAAAAGUGGAGGGUUUGGUCAAUUUUGAGAAGCUGAGAAUGAUUGCGAAGGAGAUACGCCAUGUUGGUCGCAUGGCGUCUGUGAACAUGGAUCCUGCUUUAAUGUUUAGAACGAGGAAGAAGAAAUGGAGGAGUUUGGGGUCUCUCAGCCAGGGGAGUACGAAUGCAGCCGUACUGGAUGUUGCGCAGACAGGGGGUCAUAAAAAGCGGGUCCGUCGCAGCUCCUUCCUUAAUGCUAAAAAACUGUAUGAAGAUGCUCAGAUGGCACGGAAAGUAAAGCAGUAUCUCUCCAACUUGGAUCUGGAAAUGGACGAAGAGAGCCUCCAGACGCUGUCUCUGCAGUGUGAGCCAGCCACCAACACAUUGCCGAAGAAUACGGGAGACAAGCGAUCUGGAAAAUCUGAAACGUCACCGGUGGCUCCCCGGGCAGGUAUCCAGCAGAAAGCGCAGCAGCAACAGCAACAUAAAGUAAACCAAGCACUGCAGGUCCCUGCCGUAUCUCUUUAUCCCUCUCGCAAGAAAGUGCCAGUCAAAGACCUCCCACCAUUCGGCAUUAACUCCCCGCAAGCUUUAAAGAAAAUUCUUUCAUUAUCUGAAGAAGGAAGUUUGGAUCGUCACAAGAAACAAUCUGAAGAUACAGUCUCAAGUGCAUCUUCACAGCUAUCUUCUCCUCCCACUUCACCACAGAGCUCUCCGAGGAAAGGCUAUACUUUGGCUCCUAGCGGCACGGUGGAUAACUUUUCAGAUUCUGGUCACAGCGAAAUUUCUUCCAGAUCUAGUAUUGUCAGCAAUUCCUCUUUUGACUCUAUGCCAGUCUCCCUGCACGAUGAGAGGAGACAGAGGCAUUCUGUCAGCAUCGUGGAGACAAAUCUUGGUGUGGGAAGGAUUGAUAGAAGAAUCAUGAUUGAACCAGAUCAAUACAGCUUAGGCUCGUAUGCACCACUGUCAGAGACCAGAGGCCUGUAUGCUGGCGCAACUGUGCUUUCUUCUCCUAGUACAGAAGAACUGUCACAGGAUCAGGGGGACAGAGCUUCGCUCGAUGCAGCUGACAGUGGCCGUGGUAGCUGGACUUCUUGUUCAAGUGGUUCUCAUGACAACAUACAAACAAUACAGCACCAGAGAAGCUGGGAGACUCUGCCUUUUGGACACGCUCAUUUCGAUAGUUCAGGCGAUGGGGCAGGACUGUGGGCCUCGGGCAGCCACAUGGACCAGCUGAUGUUCCCCGAUCAUGGCGCAAAGUAUGGCAGGCAAAGUCAAGGUAGGGAGGGCCUUGAUCAAGCACAGUCCAGAGCAAGCUGGGCAUCCUCAACAGGAUACUGGGGAGAGGACUCGGAAGGUGAUACAGGUACCAUAAAGCGGAGGGGUGGGAAGGAUGUUUCGAUUGAAGCUGAAACCAGUAGCAUAACAUCCGUACCAGCAGAGGAGUCAAAGCCAGCUCCCAUGCCCACUCAUAUAGCAGUAUCACCAAGUAGUACAAAGGGGCUUGUUGCACGAAAAGAGGGUCGAUACCGGGAACCACCUCCAACUCCCCCUGGUUAUGUAGGAAUACCUAUUGCUGAGUUUGCAGAAGGUGGCUCCCAUCCAACCAGAAAGCCUCCAGAUUACAACAUAGCACUUCAGAGGUCUAGGAUGGUGGCACGGACAUGCGAGACUCAUGGGACAUCAACUCCGCAGCAGCAGUCGCAUGGCCAUUCAACUAGCAGGCCUGUGAACAAACCUCAGUGGCAUAAACCAAAUGAGUCAGAUCCACGUCUUGCUCACUAUCCGUCUCAAGGGUUUUCCACAGAGGAAGAUGAAGAUGAACAAGUCUCUGCUGUCUAAGACUUGGGCUUUUCUGGAUCCAGAGUGAGCCACCUUAAAGGAGAGCACAAGAAGACGUCCCUAGAAUAGGAGCCUUGGAACUAUAGUUAAAGGAUGGUGGACCUAUUUGCCUCCUUCCCUGCCUUAAAGCAGCAUGGGGCUUCUUCCUCCGCCCCUCCCCCUUCUGUCCCCUCUCCCCUUGCAUGUGAAAUACUGUGAAGAAAUCGCCCUGGCACUUUUCAAACUGUGUUGCUUGAAAUGCACAGUGCAGCAAUCUCCAAGCUACCACUGUCGCUGUCUGCCACAUCACACAGUAUCAUUCCAAAUUCCAAGAUCAUCACAUCAGGAUGAUUAACUCUGGCUGCACUUCCCAAUGCCUGGAAGGGUUUUGUUUUGUUUUUUUUUUUUUUUUUAAGAUCUUCCUUUUAGAUUUUAAUCACAAUCCUAGCACUUAGUCUCAUUGGGAUAAUGAGACAAGCUAGUUGUCAAAUUACAUUUGGCCUUUAACCUACAAAGAGAAAAACGCAUUGAAAUCCUUCAAGGAGGCAGUGCUUAUUUGCUUGUUUACAAAUGCCUUUGUUACAAUUUUGUAUGUUUGCGUUUCGGAGAUCAAAUACUGCAUCUGCAUAGUAAUUACAGUAUUAUAUCAUACCUGUAAGUAGGGUUGCCAGCCUGAGCUCCUGGAAAGAAUAUUGCUACCACGUGGCUGAGCAGGGCAGAAGGGAAGGCAGAGGUUUACGUGCGGGAUGCAGCCUUUCCUUGACCACCUCUUACUUCACUCUUAAUGUGCCCCACCCUGGAAUCUUCAGAAGUUUAUAAA